GUAAACAUAUUGUAAACAAUAUGCAAACAAUCCACGUCGCGUAAUUUUGAAAAUUACCGCGCAAUUCUGCGCGAGUGGACCCUAACGCUCUCUGUGAUCAUCUUCGGUAAUUAUUUGCAUGAAAUCCCACGUUUAUCGGUAAUCGGUAGCCAACCGCAGGAUCGUCGCGAGCAGCGACGAGAAAGGAGGUUAUCAGAGGCUUAUCGUUUUUCAUAAAUAUUCCACCCGUUAUCAACCGGUAUAUUCAUACAUGCAAGAAUUAGCGACGCCGACUGACAUUCGACUUGAGAACACAAACGAGCUGCACAUAAAUGCUGAAGCGCUUGUACAACGUGGGAUUAUCUUGCGAGAAUUUUUACUUUCGAUACAGAUAUAUUAGACAGUACAAAACUGUACGCGCGAUGAGUCACGCUGCAGAAAACAAAGGCAUGCCGUUGAAGGAUGUUGUGAGCGCAAUGAACAAGUUUGCGGACACGUCGCUGGCAGCUUCUUGGGAUAAUGUUGGAUUACUGGUUGAACCUACGGAACCGAAGAUUGUGUCGCAUAUUUUAUUAACAAAUGAUUUAACCGAAGAUGUCAUGGAUGAAGCUGUCAGAUUAAAAACCGAUUUGAUCGUCACGUAUCAUCCGCUAAUAUUUGCUCCGUUGAAAUCUAUCACAACUGCAUCUUGGAAGGAACGAAUAAUAGCGAGGUGUCUAGAAAAUAAGAUCGCUGUCUUCUCUCCGCACAGCAGUUUUGAUUCUGUGAAAGGCGGUGUAAACGAUUGGCUAGCAGAAGCUUUCGAGCUCGAGAGUAGUAAUCCGAUUCAGCCAAACGAGAGUAACGCGACUUAUGGAUUUGGAAGGUUGUGUACCUUGAAGAGCCGAAUAUCUAUCGACGAAGCGGUAAAUUUAGUAAAGCAACGAACUAAUCUGAAGUACGUAAGAUUGGCACGUGCGCGCGGUACAGAUGGUUACAUUAAUACCGUGGCAUUAUGUGCCGGAUCGGGCGUGUCGGUAUUGAAAGGAAUAUCUGCAGAUUUGUAUCUGACGGGAGAAAUGUUGCAUCACGAUGUAUUGGACGCUGCGCAUCAAGGGAUUCAUGUUAUACUAACGAAUCAUUCUGAUUCAGAACGCGGUUUUCUAAAGAUAUUUGCUUCGAUAUUAAAGCGCAGCUUGGAAAAACCUGUCGAGGUGUGCGUCUCCGAAAGUGACGAGGAUCCACUACAAACCGUGUAAGCUGUGAAAAGUAAGCUUGUAAAAAAAAAAAAAAAUAUUUACCGCAUCUCUUGUCACGUCAAUCGUAUGUGAUUUAACAGCGAUUGAAUAUUCUAUUAUGAAAGAGGGCAAUAUUGGAAAUAAAAGUUUUUGGUUUCUUUUUA